GUUGACUUUUUACUCUCCAAUCACACGGAAACCAAAUCUACCACUUUCGUUUUCCUACAUCGAUAUCAAAUCAUGUACAUGAAGUCUCUUGCCCUGGCGGCUGCCAUCAGCACCGUCGCUGCUCAGAACACCACCUCGUUCUGCGACAAGUACACCACCGCACUGUUCAUGAACAACACUGCCGAGAACCAGCUCAAGCUCUUGACAGCUGUUGUCAACACUGCCGUUAUUGGAAACUACAGCGAAAGCAAGACCGGCAAACCCGUCGCCGGCAUCCUCGCAAAGGGCAUGUACAACGGCGUCGAAGUAGACCUCCUCCCCUACUUCAACGGCGGUCUCCUCUCCACCAACCGAGGAGGCUCAUCAGGUGUAUCCGUCAACUUCCUCGAUGAUGGCGGUGCUGCUCCGUUGAUGAUGAACAAGCCUGCCGAGGGAACCAACUCGUUGCAAUACAUGUUGUUGACUCACUUGUAUGAGUACUUCGGUAGUCUCCUCCAGUGCUCCCAGCAAGGGAUGUCUGGAUACCCAGCCUAUGCAGGCGAUGUUUCGCAAUAUGAGGUUCACAAAUUCAUGAACCUCGACCCCAACGAACUCGGCUACUUCAUUACCCAAGUCGCCGACUCGGCACUCUCCUUCGGCGUCUCAUCCGACGACCUCGCCCCCGUCGGCAAAGCCCUCAACUCCCUCUUCGGCUACCGCUGCUCCCCAAAGACAACCGUCAUCCCUGCUCAGGGCGCUCAGUUCCAGUCUAUCUGCUCUGCUAAGGAGUGUCCUAUUGCCCCCAACUCGACUUGUGAUGGUGUGCCCGAUGGGGUGGAGCCUGCUAAGGCGUCGGGAUCGGGAACUGCCACCGCGACGAUGAGUAUGAGUGGUAGUGCGACGGCGAGCGCUACGGGAACUGGAACUGGGUCGGGAUCCACGAGCUCCCCGACAGUGGUUUCUGGUAAUGGGGCGGGUGUUUUGGGGAUGAGUGCGUUGGCUGUUGCUGGUGGGGUUGUUGCGUUGUUCUUGUAAGAGACUGGCAGUUGACUUGAUGACGAACGAGGCGGGAUGUGAAGAAUUAGGUAGAGAAACCCCCUGGGAGGGAGGUGUAAGAUCAUGAAAACAUCAGUAUCAAGCCUAUUACAGAUAUUUUCCAGUGAUUGAUAAUGCAUCUC